AAAGCCAUUUGGGACUUGAACGAAUGACUCCAUUUACGAAGAUGCAGAUGAUCAUUUGUUUUACUGUUUUGCUGGCUUGUUCCAUCAAUGCUUUAACUGUGGACGAAGAGCUCACGCAGCUGCGUGAGAGCUUUUUUGAAAUGCGCGGAAUUUUGGCGGAGAAAAGCGGCCGAAUUGACGCCCUGGAACUUCAAAUUGCUCAGUUAACAGCUAAAGUGAUUCAAUUGGAGAGCGUGGAAAAUCAAAAUAAGAUUCUAAUGGAAGAAAUUGCCCGGCUAAAUCAAAUGCGAAAAUCGAAGGAUUUCAAUCGAGCAAAUGAGAUCAUGGACCAGCCAUCAAAUAAGGCAAUCGCCCAAAUGCCAACAUCAUGCGCGGAUCUAAUUGAAAUUGGUCACACUUUAAACGGACUAUACUCUGUCAUGGGAAGUAAAUCAGUGGAAAGCGUUUACUGCGAUUUUACUAUUACCCCAAGCGAUCCAGGUUUCGAGACGUGGAUCGGCCACGUCGAUGUCAAAUCAUCGCCAACCUAUUUCUUUGUGCGCAGAGGUGAAUAUUUUAAUGGAACACGAACGCCCAUCCUGUUCGACAUUGAAACACUCAACGAGGGCGCAGCUUACGACAAAACUACAGGCAUUUUCACGGCACCCGUAACUGGGACAUAUUUCUUCACUCUCAGUGGAUCGGCCGCCUUUCCCACGACGUAUUACCAGUCUAGACAUUUCUUUCAUAUUGGACUGUUUAAAAAUGAGGAAGUGAUGGCCUACGCAUUCCCUGACGAAGCCGACGUCUACUAUCAGUACGAAGCGUUUUCGCUGCAAUCAACACUUGAAUUAGUGAAAGGCGAUAACAUUUCGAUCCAAAUUGUAAGCAUGUCGGUAGGCGUGUCUUUGGUGACAGGAUUGUACACCCAAUUUAACGGGUUCCUAUUGAAGGAAGAUGUUUCGCAAUCCCUAAACUGGUAGUGGGCGUUUUCGAUCUUGCAAGAUUCGAUAGUGGGUUCCAAGUUUGGUAGAACCGAAAGUAGAUACUUGAUUAGAAUUUAAAAUGUUUCAUUCUAAUAGCAAUCGUAGAGUUGGAUCCCUUUAGAAAUGUUUCUAGCAUUUAACCGAUUUUGUUCUUAGAAGAUGAAUACAAGAGUCAUUGGAAUAUGUUAAA